CUUCAUGACGGGCUUCCUGGUGACGUCACGCGACGCAGUGUGCGGAAGGGAAGGAAAUAAAACAGAAACAAUCAUUAUUAUUGAAGGGCCUCUAACUGUGUACAUGAUGCUUGGUGGUGGAUUCAAAGCAGAGCGACUUCGUGUCAACCUUCGACUGGUCAUGAACCGGCUCAAGCUCCUAGAGAAGAAGAAGACGGAGCUAGCACAGAAAGCGCGCAAGGAAAUUGCAGAUUACCUGUCCACGGGGAAGGAUGAGCGAGCACGUAUCCGUGUGGAGCACAUCAUCAGAGAAGACUACCUGGUGGAGGCAAUGGAGAUACUGGAGCUUUACUGUGACCUGCUGCUCGCACGCUUUGGACUCGUACAGUCUAUGAAGGAGUUGGAGCCAGGGUUACAGGAAGCCAUCUCUACUCUGAUUUGGGCAGCCCCCCGUAUGCAGAGUGAAGUCGUUGAGCUCAAGAUUGUUGCAGAUCAGCUGUGUGCCAAAUACAGCAAGGAGUAUGGCAAGCUUUGCAGGUCAAACCAGAUAGGAACUGUCAAUGACAGGCUGAUGCACAAACUGAAUGUAGAGGCACCACCAAAGAUCCUGGUGGAGCGUUACCUCAUUGAGAUUGCGAAGAAUUACAAUGUGCCGUAUGAGCCUGACUCUCUGGUCAUGAGCGAGGUCCCCGCAGGUGUGGAAGCCAAUCUCAUUGAUGUCUUUGAUGAGAAGAAGGGGGGGCCUGGAGGAAGAGGGGGGGGUGGUGGGGGAGGUGGCUUCAUUGUGCCAGCGGGUGCAGUGCCAAUGCCCAUGCCUUCACCGUAUGUUCCAUUCAACUACCCUCAACCCAAAGGACCUGAAAAGUUCAGUGGCCCUGAAGUUGGCAUCUAUGAGAGUUUUAACAACUUCCAGCCUCCAGUGCCAGGAAUGCAGCCCCCACAGCUACCUAGCUGCCCCCCAACUUAUGAGUCUAUUGAUGAUCUCACUAACAACAUCUCUGUUCCUUCUCCAAAGGCUACUGGUCCCCCUCUGAUCUACGACAACAAUGUUCUCCCAGAACUCCCUUCAGUUCCUGACACACUUCCUGCUUCCUCUUUUGGUGGGAACUCUGCUCCCUCUGAGGAUAUCGACUUCGAUGACCUGUCGCGCCGCUUUGAGGAUCUCAAGAAGAAAACAUAGACAGCACUGCACCACCUGCCUGCUCGACUGUCUCGCUGCCGCUACUCCUAAUUGUGGGGUGGGUGGGGAGAGACACGGAAUUACAAGUUAAGAAGGAUUGCUCUUCAUCAGUGCGGCAGAUGUUAUUAACAAUACUUUUCUAUUCUUUAAAAAUGUCAAUACCUAUUUAUCAUCUUUAAACUACUGAAAUAGAAAUAAGACCAAUUUGGCAUGAAAAAACAAAAGGCUAUUUUUUUUUGUUUUUGUUUAAAUCAGACAGGACUUGGACUUUUUUCAUUGUUAAAUUGUAUGUGUUAAUAACCCUGUACAGUUCACACUAUUUUUAAUGUAACAGAGCUAGUGCCUGUCUUUUGAGAAAGGGUUAGCGAUAGAAGUUCAUUACACAUGUUGAAACUUAAAAGACUUUGAUUAAAAGUUUAGCUUUGUUUCUGUCUCUCAAUGAAGACAGUCAUGGCACUAUUAGCCAAAGCUUUUGAGAGAAAGAGAGAGAGAGAGAGAGAGAAACAGAUAAACACUCCAGAAGAUAUACCCAAAUAUCUCCCACUGUCUCAUAUAGAUUCAAAUCUCAGUAACCUGUACAGAGCUGUGUAUGCCAUUUAGCGUCAAUUUAGAUGUUAAGGUUAACUGGUUUAUAGAGGCUGCAUUAUUUGGAACAAUAAGGACAUUUGUGUCUUAAUUAAAACACAGGACUGUCCUGUUGUAGUAAUUAAUUUAUAUUCCACAGACUUUGGUACUUUGUAACUGGUAAUAGUCCACUGCUAUGAACUGUCUUGGUUUUCUUUAGGUUGGGAGUUGGUUAAAAUGUAGGUGCCGUUUUGAUUUUUGAAUUCAAACUAUAUUGCUGAAUGAUUAUAUAUAAAGACAAACAUGGUAUUUUGCUAAGAAAAAAACAAACUUCAUUAAAUGGGGAAAAAACCUAAUGAAGGAAAUGUUUUUCACCUCUGUUCAAAACUGUAAAACACUAAUCUGACUUUUAAUGGUCAGCUGCUCUAUCUAUUAAACUGAUCAGUUUUUCCUAAAGAAUAAUAACUUGUGAAAAAUCUAAAUAUUAUAUAGGAAAGAGAAAACUUGUGUAGCUCAUAACUGAAUCAUGGGUGUAAAUUCACAUGCAUUCAAAUAGAACACCGUCAUAGGAACAUCUGAAUAGAAAGAUUGACUAAUAGGUUGUUUAAUUCGACAUCUGUUGACAACUUGUUAACUGUUGCCAACAACAGUAUAAAAACAUUAAUUAAGCUAAAGCUUUGUGAAUAGGAUCUACAAAUACUAAUAGGAUAUAUCUGCUUUACAAUGUAUUCAUUGAGUUUGCCUUUGCGUUGUUAUUAUGUGGCCUUUUGGUUCUGAUGAUCAGUUAAAUGGGUUUCAAAGCAGUCAUGAGGGCUUGUGUUUGUUCAUGUGUUUAUACCCCCUGUUAUUAAGUAGGACUUUAUUUGUAUGUUUAUCAAUCAGAUUGAAGAGUGUUUUUAUUAAUUUUGAAGUAUAUGAUCAUUUUCUGUUCCCUUUUUAAAUGGGGGUGGGGUGGGGGGAGGUUGCAAAAGUCUGGGAAGUAAUGAUAUAAGAUUAUACAAUAAAACGAUUGGAAGUGAAGCAGUAUUUAUGGUAUUUUGAUCUGGCUAUCUUAUUAAUAAAUGUUGUUAUUUAAAACA